AUGCAGGUGGAUGGAGAGCUCUACAUGCUGCCGAUGAGGACAACAGAUGGGAAACUGUGGGCUAACCAGGAAGGGAACAAUGUCAUCAUCCAGACUGACUUUGGCCUCCAGGUCCUGUAUGAUGCCUCCUCUUUCGUCCUUGUUUCUGUGCCCAGCACGUACCAAGGGCAUGUCAGGGGGCUUUGUGGCAACUUUAACAAGAACAAGACUGAUGAGUUCAUCCUGCCCAGUGGGAAGAGCACCCAGAGCGUUGAGGAAUUUGGAGCCGCUUGGAAAGUUCCCUUGGAGGGCACAAGUUGUAUCGAUGGCUGUGAGGGACAGUGUCCCAUCUGUGGUGGAGCCCAGACGGAGCCGUAUCGCCCUGAGAGCUCCUGUGGAAUGAUCCAGGCCACUUCAGGCCCUUUCAAAGACUGCCAUUCUGUGGUGAAUCCCGCUGAAUAUUUCAGCCAUUGCCUGUACGACAUGUGUGCGGCCAGUGGUUCAGUAGAGGCCCUCUGCCGGAGCCUUCAGGCCUACGUAGCUGCAUGCCAGGAGGCUGGCGUUGCAGUUGGAGCGUGGAGAACAGAAACCUUCUGCCCUCUCACCUGCCCUUCCAACAGUCAUUAUGAGCUGUGUACAAGAACCUGUGAUUUUACCUGUGCCAGCUUGUCCUCUCCAGGGCAGUGUACCAGCCAAUGCUUUGAAGGCUGCCAAUGUGACCCUGACUAUCUAUUUGAUGGGGACAGGUGUGUGCCACUGGAGAAUUGUGGCUGUGUGCAUGAUGGGCACUACAUCAAGGCUGGAGAAAAUCUUCUCUUAGAAGGCUGUUUGAACAACUGCACCUGCCAUACAUUAAGCCAGCUAGUCUGUGAAGAAACCAGCUGCCAGGUGGGAGACAUAUGCUCCCUCCACAAUGGUGUGCGUGGUUGCACGAGGCCAAAAGGGGAGUGCAUAAUCUCCCCUGGAGCACGGAUGACCUCUUUUGAUGGCGCCUCUGGAGAAAUCCUGUACAACGGAGUUUAUGAAGUUGCUUCCCUCUGCGACCAAAAUGAUCCCUUUUGGUUCAGGAUCAUAGCUGUGGUCCAGGAAUGCAGUGAUUGGGAUUUGUCAGCUGUGCCAACAAUACACGUCUUUUUCCAAGGGGUCUUCAUCACAGUGAAACUGAACAAAGACACAUGGGUCAACGGGCACCGCGUCUCUCUUCCAGUGGAAGCAUCUGGAGAUGUAUCUGUAAGCUUAUCUCACGAUGGGGUUGUGAUCGAUUUGGCCUCUGAAGUCAAAGUUCUCCUCAGACCUUGCGGGGAGGUGAAAGUGGAAGUCAGCGGAAGCCUGGAAGGAAAACUAUGCGCCUCCUGUGGGAACUUCAAUGGAAAUAGUGCAGAUGACCUGGAGCUGCCCAAUGGAAAGAUAGCAGGAAACCUUGCAGAGGUCAUUGAUGCCUGGAAAGCCCUAGAUUUCUCUGGAUGUGAGGACUAAAGGCCACCUGAGUCACUGCGGACAUCUCUACGUGCUACUGAUUACUGAUGGUGGAUAUUUGUCUUUAAGUUCCGGAGGAAAGUUCUUCUGAGUAGAAUCUUCCCUUAACUCACAUUUCACACAUUUCAGCUUCUUACC